AUGCCCAUUCUCCCUUGCAGGUUGGCCAAGGAGCCUGGGUGUGACAGGAUGGAUGCUUCUCCUGAGCCCCAACAGAAGGGUGGGACACUGGUGCUGGUCCGACGGCAGCCCCCUGUGUCCCAGGGCUUGCUGGAAACCCUGAAGGCCAGGAUGAAGCAGAGCUGCACCUGCAGUACGCCGUGCGUUCAGGCUCUGGUGCAGAAUCUGUUUCCUGUCACACACUGGCUGCCUCAGUACCGCCCUAAAGAGUACCUGGCGGGUGACGUGAUGUCUGGUUUGGUCAUCGGCAUUAUCCUGGUGCCACAGGCCAUAGCCUACUCCCUGCUGGCUGGGCUGCAGCCCAUCUAUAGCCUCUAUACUUCCUUCUUCGCCAACCUUAUCUACUUCCUCAUGGGCACCUCACGCCAUGUUAACGUGGGCAUCUUCAGUCUUCUGUGCCUCAUGGUAGGUCAGGUGGUGGACCGAGAACUCCAGCUGGCGGGUUUCGACCCCUCCCAGGAUUCUCUGGGGCCUAGGGACAAUGGCAGCACCCUCAACAGCUCAACUGCAACUCCGGUGUUUGAGCUACAGGACUGCGGACGGGACUGCCAUGCCAUCCGAAUCGCCACUGCCCUCACUCUGGUGACUGGGCUUUAUCAGGUCCUCAUGGGCGUCCUCCGGCUGGGCUUUGUGUCAACCUACCUCUCACAACCACUGCUUGACGGUUUUGCUAUGGGAGCCUCCGUGACCAUCCUGACUUCUCAGGCUAAACACCUCCUGGGUGUGCGGAUCCCUCGGCACCAGGGCCCAGGCAUGGUAAUCCACACGUGGCUGAGCUUGCUGCACAGUGUGGGACAGGCCAAUAUCUGCGACGUGAUCACCAGUGCCGUGUGCCUAGGAGUGCUGGUAGCAGCUAAGGAGCUCUCAGACCGCUACCGACGCUACCUGAAGGUGCCAGUACCCACAGAGCUCUUGGUCAUUGUGGUGGCCACACUCGUAUCCCACUUCGGACAGCUCCAUACUCGGUUUGGCUCAAGUGUAGCUGGCAGCAUUCCCACGGGUUUUGUGGCCCCGCAGGUACCGGACCCUAAGAUAAUGUGGCACGUGGCCCUGGACGCUGCGUCCCUAGCACUCGUGGGCUCAGCCUUCUCCAUCUCGUUGGCAGAGAUGUUUGCUCGCAGCCAUGGCUACUCCGCCCGCGCCAACCAAGAGCUCCUCGCCGUGGGCUGCUGCAACGUGCUCCCCGCCUUCUUCCACUGUUUCGCCACGAGUGCGGCUCUGUCCAAAACCCUGGUGAAGACAGCCAUUGGCUGCCAGACACAGCUGUCCAGCGUGGUCAGCGCCGCCGUGGUGCUGCUGGUGCUGCUGGUGCUGGCUCCGUUGUUUCACGAUUUGCAACGGUGCGUGCUGGCUUGCAUCAUUGUCGUCAGCCUGCGUGGGGCACUGCGCAAGGUGAAGGACCUCCCACAGCUAUGGCGGCUAAGCCCUGCCGACGCGCUGGUCUGGGUGGCUACUGCAGCCACCUGCGUGCUAGUCAGCACUGAAGCUGGGCUGCUAGCUGGGGUGUUCUUCUCGCUGCUCAGCUUGGCAGGCCGCACACAGCGUCCACGGGCUGCCCUUCUUGCCCGAAUUGGAGACUCAACCUUCUAUGAAGACGCUACUGAGUUUGAGGGCCUCCUGCCCCCACCUGAGGUGCGAGUGUUCCGUUUCACAGGCCCACUCUACUACGCCAACAAGGACUUCUUCCUGCGGUCACUCUACAGCCUCACGGGACUGGAUGCGGGGCGUUCAGCCACCAGGAAGGAGAAGGGCCCCGAGGUAGGUGUUGAUGGCCAGGAUAUGGGUUCAGUGAGCAGUGGGGCUGGGCUGGUGAUACCCCUGGCAUUUGGUUUCCACACAGUGGUCAUUGACUGUGCACCGCUGCUGUUCCUGGACGUGGCUGGCAUGGCCACACUGAAGGACCUGCAGAGAAACUACAGGGCCCUGGACAUCACCCUGCUCCUGGCUUGCUGCAGUCCCUCAGUGAGAGACACACUGAGGAGAGGGGGCUUCCUUGGGGAAGACCAGGGAGCUGAGGAUGAGCUGCUGUUUCCCAGUGUACACAGUGCUGUGGAGGCUGCACGAGCCCGCCGUGAGGAGCUGGUGGCUUCUGACUCCGCCUUCUAGCAGGACCAAGACCCAUGCACACAAGCCAGCACUGAGCUCCUUUGCAGGAGUGAUAUGAAGGAUGGAGUCAUUAUUAGAGAGAUAUACCCUUCGACCAUCUCUGCCAGGGAACAUCUAGCCAAGGAGUCCAAACAUUCAGUGAUUGACACCCCUCUACCUCUGAGACCACUGCUGCCUCCUGGUGCCUAUUCAACCCUGGGGACGCGCGCGCGCGCGCGCGCGCACACACACACGAUCCCUCAGCCAAGGCAGUGCCCAGUUGGAUAUUCUGUGCUACCCUCUUAUCUGAAACAGAGUCCUGCUAAUUGGGUGGCCCUCCAAGAUGACAAAAGGACACUUUCCCUCCCCCCACCCCGCACUACCAGGUAUCAGGUAUGAACUGAACGUAUCAGCCAAGGGGCGAGGGUCUGAAUUUCCAAAAGGCCUUCUCAAGCCCGGUGCUCAUCUUGGUUGGGCCCUUGCAAAGGCAGUCACCUGCCCCAGAGCAGAUGGUCCAGUGUCACCGUCUAUGGUGAUAUGACUGAUAUAACCCCAAGCUGACCUUCAGGCACUAUGUCCCUACACAGCUUAUACUGGUGACCACAAUGUGACACAGGCAUGGUGUAAAGCCAGGCACAGUAGAUACCGACCCCAUUCUGUACUCUAAGAAACCCUCAAAAGGAAACCACCUGUGCCCCAUCCAGGGGCAUAGCCAAGCCGACCUUCCCCUCCUCUUCCGCCCAAUAGGAUGCUUCUAAUAGGAAGCAAAGUCCCAGCCCUGUGCCCUGCCUCGAUGCUCCUUAACCCCACAGCCCAGCGCUGUACUCCACAGCUGGCCCGACAGGGUCGGAUCCACCGACUCGGCAUCUCUGUAAGACAGGCUCAGACCAGCAGCAGCUCCCAGGGCACCCACCUCAGCAUCACCCACCUGGCUGUAAUGAGAUCCAGCAGCCAGUGUAUCCGGACCUGUUCGAUGCCACUGUGAGGGACGGCACCUAUGUAGGCAAGGUUCAGUUGCUGGUCCCAACUAAGGUCGUACUGGUAAGCCUGGUCAUGAGGCAGUGGGGGGCUGGGGACAGGACAAAGAAGUGCCGUGUUUAUCCUAUGCAGGGGCCUGCGUCAGACCAGGUUCUACACAGUUAGCCCGUGACUUCCAGGCCCUCGCAGAGGGUUAGUUAGUGUGUCUCUCCACAUUCUAUGAUGAAGUAGCCCUUUCACCAGGGAUGUUCUACAGCCUUGUCUUUGGAGGGUGGGCUUCAGCGGGACACAGUACUAUACUCUAAUAGGAUUCCUGCCUGCCAUAGAAGAGGAUCUGCACAUUCCUAGAGAGACUUGGAGGUAUUCAGAAACCAAGUCUGGUCCAACACUCGAGAUCAGGUCUUGGUACUUUGGGGGAGAGUCCUAGGUUCUGCCGAAGCACCAAUCAUGAUCCUAUAGCCUGGGUACCGUGCUCUUGAUCCCUGGGAGCCAUUCCAGGAAAGUAGAAAGCCCGUGCCACACCCUGAAGGAAGGAGUUUGGUCUUCACUCCUGAAGAGUCCAGGAAUGAUGGGCAGAGAGCCCAAAGGUGUGAUGAGAGGAACCCAGGGGACAAGCAAGAGGCUCUCCUGGACUUGGCAAGAGCGUGUGGUGGGCCUCACCAGAAGCCGGUGCUCCUCCAAAAGGGCAGCAGAGGCCUCAGAGGGCGGGCUGCAUCCACACGCACCAGGUAUGGGGUCUCAGUCAGAGCCAAGGCCUCCGCCAAGAACGCAGCUAGAAACGCCAGCGUAGCGGAGAGGAGAUGCGGGGGACGCAUGGCUGAGGUGUCCCGGCGCUCCCGAUCUGCAAAUCUUUGGGUCCCGGUAGCAGCGGUUCCGCCUCCGGGUAGCGCCCCACGUGAUCGCUCGCCGCCAGGCCCGGGAAGGACAGACCCCAGCACGCGCCGCCUCUUCCCCUAGCGAGUUCCGCCCAAGCCGCCGCGUCUCAGACGCUCCAAACGCCGAACCAACACUGGCAGUGCUUGGAAAAACCCUGGCCUUGAGCGUCUCCGUGAGGCCAUUAUUCUUGGCGAUGUCCGGAAAGGUCUCUCUGGAGGCCGAUCGGAGGUCUGAAAAGCAAAUCAGACACAACUUGUGAGUCUCGUGAGGAGUGGAGGAAAAGAGCUGUACCAGAAGAUGGCGCUGCGAGACUGCUCCAAGGAUUGGGUUUGAGGAGAAAGUCCAGCGCUUGAGCAGAGUGGAUCUAUGCCUUUUCCUGAAAUGGUGCUGCUGUAAGACAGGCGUGGUCGGAGACGCUUCUAGUGACAGCCAACGGUCAAUCCUGGAUGUCUGUGAAAGGCGGGGCUGAUAGUGCAAGUCUUUAAGAUUUGAAUUGUAGCCCGGCGGUGGUGGCGCACGCCUUUAAUCCCAGCACUCGGGAGGCAGAGGCAGGUGGAUCUCUGUGAGUUCCAGGACAGCCUGGUCUACAAGAGCUAGUUCCAGGACAGCCUCCAAAACAAUACAGAGAAACCCUGUCUCGAAAAGCCAAAAAAAAAAAAAAAAAUAGUGAUAGCAUAGCAUCAAUGUUGGUCACUCACAACACCAAACAGAAGUGAUUGGGAUAGCCUGAACCACAUAGCAAGAUGCACUAAAAGAUCCAAAAGACAAGUGGGGGUAAACAUCACCCCGAGCAUUCUAGAAACAACGCAAAGACAGGAAAUACCCCAGAGAAAACUGCUAAAAGGUUGAGUGGAGCAUUUUAAGUAACCUAAACUGUUGAAGUAACACUAAAGAGUCCAGGCUGGAACUAAAGAGGGAGCCAGCAGUGGGGGGGAGAUUGUUUCAGACUAACCUUCCUUAGAACAACCAGUGAGGGCAGGAUCCUUGGGGAUCACAGCUUAGGAAAUAGUUUCAAUCAUGGAAGUAGUGGCCAAGAAGCUGUGAAAUUGGGACAGUCUUACGGUGGUUGUGGGACAGAAGCUGAGGGUCAGGCUCAGCACAUUAUAGGACUAAACUCUGAAAGUGAAGGUGAUACAGAAACUGCAUUGUCCUCCAGGAACUGAAGUUCAAAUCUCCCCAUGUCCCUGAGUGAGUGGAGGUUAGUAUACUCCACCUGACAGAAGAGGACAUAUUCCCGCCACUCUAGGAAGCUCAAGCUAAUGAACGCUAAUGAAUCAACAGUGUGUGAUUAACUGGUGCUGGAAUGGAUCCUGGGUCAGGAAAAGAUGAUUAAGCUCACAGAAAAUGUACUGUAUGUUGCUCAAUAAAAUUCUGUCACUCGCA